AUUAUAGACUCGAAAAUAAAGUAAGGUGGAGAACAAUGGUCAAGAAAUGCUGUCAUUAUAUCAUCCACUUCCCUCUCUUCUGGCUAUGUAACCUAAGUGUAAACUUGCGCUGCAGAAUCAUUCUAGCUCCCUCGCUUAGGAUAAAUAAUUGCCCGUAUUCGCGAAUUCUGACUCAUUGACGACCUCAAUCGUUAUUGAGAAGUGAAGUCCUUUCAACUCUCUGAGGGUGCAGUUGGUGUCUUUACAGUAAUGGCGGGGUUGACAUUCAAUUGCCUCGAGCUAUUAUGACGACCACACAACCCCACCAUCAUCCUACGCAGCCGCGACAAAAUUUCAACUCCAAAGGCUAAACCACGAUAACGACUAAUAUACAAAGGCCUAGACUUCUUAGGAAUACACAGAGCUAAUGCAGAACUCCUGUGUAGGCUUGUCUUUUGAAUCUGCGCGGAUAAUUGUCUGGCCAAAUAUUUGCGGUCUGAGAUGCGGCUAAUCAAAAAUAAUAUCGAGCGAGAUGGCUCGGGUUCUGUCACACUCUACCCCGAAGAGCCAGAGGAUAUGUGGCAUUGCUAUAACCUCAUCCGACCUGAUGACCUUCUCAAAGCGAGUGCGAUCCGUCGCGUUACUACUACAGCUGCAACGGGAACUACAAGCUCCUCUCGAGUACAUAUGACGCUACAAAUCCGUGUUAAGAGCUUGGAUUUUGACCCCCAAAACUCCCAGCUCCAUGUCUCCGGCCGAGUCGUUGCGGAAAACCCAUACACCAAGAUUGGGCAGCAUCAUACGCUUGAUCUGGAACUGCAAAGAAAUUUCACACUGGAGAAGCAGGUGGAAUCUUCAAGUGAAGCUGGAGGAUGGGAUAGUGUUGCUGUCGAAAUGUUGAAGGAAGCGGUGGAUGAAGGAGGGAAUAGAAGGGCAGAAGCCGUGGCGGUUGUAAUGCAGGAAGGACUGGCGCAUAUCUGCUUUAUCGGUCAAUUCCAGACGGUCUUGAAGCAGAAAAUAGAAUUAUCCAUUCCGCGGAAGAGACAAGGCGGAGCCGAUCAUGACAAGGCCUUAACAAAGUUUUUCCAAACCACCCUCGAUACGCUCAUCCGCUUGCUCGAAAUUAAUGUGACAUCCCGUCAACCUUCGUCCAGCGGCGUAUCUACAAAGCCAAUCCUCCUGGCAUCUCCUGGCUUCACAGCGGCGGGAUUCCAAAAACAUAUCCAGUCUGCAGCGAAUACAUCCGCCCCGGGCUUGAAGGGCCUGCUACAAAACAUUGUCGUUGUCCACUCCUCAUCGGGCCACAUGCACUCCCUUGCUGAGGUGCUUCAAUCCCCAUCCGUCCAAACGCUCCUCUCGAACACCAAAUACGCAAAGGAAACGUCGCUCAUGGACAGAUUCUUCUCCGAACUACGCAAGGAAACCAACAAAGCCACCUAUGGUCCGCGAGAGGUGGAAUCAGCAGUGGAGCAAGGCGCGGUAGGUCGAGGCGGCGGAGUUCUUAUAAUAUCCAACAGAUUAUUUCGCGCUCAAAAUGUUGCCGAGAGGCAUAGAUGGGUCUCGCUGGUAGAUAAAGUGAGAGAUAUUGAAGGAGGUGAAGUCCGGGUUCUGAGCUCUGACCAUGAAAGCGGGCGAAGGUUGGAUGGCCUGGGUGGCAUAGCAGCUCUAUUGACGUUUCCGAUUGUUGAAGAGGAUGAGGACGAAGAGGAGGGCGGCGAAGUGGGUGGAGGGGUGCCGGUUGAGGGGGCCUAAUGGCAAAUGACGGCGAAUUUUCCAUUUUUAGCCCGAAUGGGGGCUAUUACACUCCGUAUUUUAUAUUUAUAUUUUACUUUAAAUCGUUGAAUAAGGCGUUUGGGAUUUCCUUUCAUCUAAAGCCUUAGUUCAUGAUGAGAAUAAUGAGAUAGCCAGGGCUCUAGAAGUUCUCUAGGUCUAAAUAUUCAAGCCUCAUUUGAGACAAACACUUUUUGGACGCCCCUUGUCUGACUACUUUACUCGCGCUUAGUAGGUUGGGUAACUACUACUAUCUUGACUAUCUUCAACAGAUCCUAAACCUUAAUACUCUUGUUAUUAUUUAUAUGUAUCUAUUAUUGCCCUGCAUUCGUUCGCAUGAUAUCCUAUGCUUUUCUACCAUGGGAUGUGUAACCCUUGAUUCAAUCUUCGGGGUUUGAAUAAUGCUGCCAUUUUAAGUUACCCUUGUAAGUAUGUCUUAAGACCUCCAGAGUUUCUCAAUGUCUUUUAAACCCAGCAUGCAGCAUCCUUAAUCACUCCGUCUUCUUCCCGUUCGCAUUAGGGGACCUAGUAUCCAUGAAAGCGGGCCUCUUUGUUCAAAUUAACCUAACGGCGCCCCCGCGAAACAAGAAGCCCAGAUUUAACAAUCAGAGCAUGGAGAUGGGACAUGCCGGCGGCCCCUAACCUGGCCCCAGCGCCGGGUUAACCUUUUCAUCACAAUUGGCGCGCCGCCUGAUACGAGUCGGUAAAUAAAAUGAUUGGUAGCAGGCGGGCAGGGUUACUUUCAUUCUCCUCCACUUACUCUUUUUCACUCGAUUAUUUUCUUGAGGUGGGAAUUUCUCCACAGACGAGCGGCUCGCCUAACUAGGUUUGAUAUGCCCCGGAGUUCAGUUCGUGACAGCCAGUGCCUGGCGAACGGGAUUGAACAGCCUAUUUCUUCCCCCCCCGGGGGGGUUGGGCUCGAUGAUAAAGUAAGCAAGGUGCAACAUGUAGGACUGGCCUUCCCUUAUAGCUUCGCCUUCAAGACUAUGAAAAUAACAUCACGCCUUAACACUCUUAUUCGAGUACACUUGACAUCUUGAACAAAUCAACUUGCGACAGGGGGAUCCGGGAGCGAGGCCGCCAAUAGCCCAGCCACACAUGUCGGAUUAAGCGCCGAGAGAACAAGCGUUAUCCCUAUCACAAACUAGUGGAGAUUCCCGUCCGCUAGCUAAGUGGGCUGUCCGUGCAUCCGCCUGCAGUAGCCUUCUAGGCGACUGGGCCUGACAUGGAUGAUUAGCACCGCGAAUUUUGAGGGUGAACGACGUGCAAUCCAUUUUUAGCCCUGCCUUAGCUGCGGGAAUGGAGGUUGUUUCAGGACUAGUUAGAGAGACAUGCUCGCCCGGCAUUGGGUUCUAGUUAUACAACCUAUCCUUAUUUUCCUCCUGCUCGCGUGCCCUCGGCACGAUGGCUGGGUGGGAUGUGGCGCGCUUGUCGUCUAAACACCGUUGCAGCUUCUACCUGGAUACCUGGUUUACAUGCUUGGAGGGUUUUCUACGGGUGUCCUCGGCCUGCUUAGACUGCGAUAAGACUCAGUAGGCCCAGCAAGGCUCAUGCGUGAUAUCAAAGACGAAUUCACGCAGCGGUAGCAUGGGUCCAUUUAUCACCCCUUCGAGCCGGCAUUGUGUCCUGCCCCAGAGACAAGGCUUAUCCAAGACAGAUAACCCUGCUUUCUCUCUGCCUAUUUUUGCGCAAACGCGAGCGCAAUAGUACCUACGGCGGUAGAUGGGUGCCUGUCAUAUUGCUUAACAUGCAACCCAACUCGAAACAAAGGGGAAAUUUUUAUAUUAGUUGUUUAUUGCUUUUCUGUUUCUAAUACUUCGCUCGAAUGCAGGAUCUAUAAAAGGGGAGGUUUGCAAAGUAGGAGAAAAAAAAUAAGACAAGUGAUUAGAAAUUAAAAAUUUACAACAUGCGAAUCAUCGAGGCAACAAUAAGGCUGCAACUAAGAUGGAACAAAAAGGAGAGACAAAGAAAUGCAUUUGUUUCUUCUAGCGAUAGACGGGUAGGGGUACCACAACUCCUUGUUCGCUAGCGUUAGGCCAAAGAUGAAUAUUAAGAAGAAUAACAAGCUGUCUACCGGCAGAAUUGUUCGCGAAGAUAUGCUGGAGUGAAAUAUUCGCAGAAAAUAAAUAAAGGGGG